GGUCAGCUAUUCAAAGAUCCAGCGAGUCAAUAAAACUCUGUAACUUUAGCUGCAUCUCACCGGCAGUCUGCUCUGUGUUGUUGUUGGUAACAUAAAAACUGUGACUCAGGGGCUAUCCAGAGAUCAGUCACAGUAGCAGCCAAUCAGGUGUGUCAUAGGUCGAUCCCAAAACCCCUCGUGGUGUCUGAUCCACACAGCCUCCUCCUCCUCCCCGCGCGCUUUACCUGCUGCAGCGGCGCGCGACCGAGUAUGUGUACUCAGUACGCAAUGGCCAGCCGCGGUGGCGAACCAUCCGUAACAGCAAACAUUCCUCUUCAAAUGGAUUAUGAGACGAAGGUUUUCCCUCACACCGGCGGCUAUGGACGCUACAACCGAAUCGUGGUCGUCUUCAGCUGGUUCCCCAACUUCGCGGUCAUGCUGAAUCUGUUCAGCGACGUUUUUUACACUCUUAUCCCGGACUCGUACCACUGCAAGCCGGAUCCACAGCUUCUGCCCUCUGCCUUCCUCCUCAGCAACUUCUCCAGGCAGGGAUACCUCAACCUCACCAUCCCCUGGGUGAACGGCACCGGCCUGAGCCACUGUGAACUUUUUAAGUACCCACCCAACACUUCGGACUUCUCCGAAAAUGUGCCCAGGGAGAGGGUCUCCUGCACCAACGGGUGGGAGUACGCCCAUGUAGCGGGGCUCCAGAGCAACUUUGUCACUGAGUGGAACCUGGUUUGCAGCGACUACUGGAAAAUCCCUGUGCAACACAUCUGCUUCAUGACAGGAUGGAUUCUGGGAUACAUCUUCCUCGGUUCCUUGUGCGACUGGUUGGGUCGUCGGCGGGGUUUCCUCCUCUCCAUCAGUCUGUCCAGUCUGUUAGGAGUGGCGGUGUGUUUGUCCAACAGUGCCGUGGCGUUUCUCCUGCUGCGUCUCUCUCAAGGCACCAUGCUUGCUGGGGUGUUUGUAUCAUCAUACAUUGCCAGGUUGGAGCUGUGUGACCCUCCCCAUCGCCUCAUGGUUGCCAUGGUCAGCGGCUUCUUCACAGUGUUCGCAGAGCUGCUGUUGCCGGGCAUCGCCGUUCUGUGCCAUGAUUGGCCCGUUCUCCAGGCAGUUGCCACUUUACCUCUGCUCCUGCUGCUUUCGUAUUGGUGCUGUGCGUCAGUGUUUCCCGAGUCUCCUCGUUGGCUGCUGGCCACAGCACAGAUCCCUCAGGUGAAGAGGAGCCUCCAGGAAUUCACCAUCAGGAACGGUGUGUGUCUGCGGGAUGAAAUCUACCCCGGUGAAACCCUCCUGUCAGAGAUCAAUUCAGCAUAUGGAGAUGACUGCCAGCCGAGGUAUUAUUCAGUUUUGGAGCUGCGUCGAACUCGUGUUAUCUGGAAGAACUGCCUCAUCCUCAGCUUCACUCUGUUUAUUGGAACAGGCAUCCAGUACUGUUUCACCAGAAACCUGCACAGUUAUUCCACCAACUUCUACUUCAGCUACUUUCUCAGAGUGAUAACUGGCGCAUUGGCCUGCAUCUUCAUCUGCCUAUCUGUCAAUCGCUUUGGUCGGCGUGGUAUGCUUCUGCUCUGUGCCAUCAUCACUGGACUGUCAUCACUGCUGCUGCUGGCCCUCACUCAGUACCUGCGUGGAGGCCUGGUUUUGGUGCUUUCUGUCGUGGGUCUGCUGUUCUCUCAGGCUCUCGCCAUGCUCAGUGCAUUCUUUGCCUGUGAGGUGAUGCCCACCGUAGUGCGAGGUGGAUGCCUGGGCUUGGUGCUGGCAGCAGGAUGUGUCGGCAUGGCCGCCUCCUCCCUGAUGGAGCUCCAAAACAACGGCGGAUACUUCCUCCACCACGUCAUCUUCGCCUCUUUCGCAGUCCUCUCUGUGCUCUGCAUCAUGCUCCUGCCUGAAAGUAAACGCAAGCCACUUCCAGACUCACUGAAGGAGGGCGAGAGCCAGCGCCGGCCGCCUCUCUUCCUCUCCCAGCCCGGCAGGGACAACCUGCCGCUACUCUGCACUCGGCCCCCUUUGUCAGAGUACAACCCGGACAACUAUUCCCGAUUGGUCUCUGCCACCAGGAGGAUGUUGACUAAAGAUAAUUUGCCCUAUAGGAUCGCUGUGCCAACUCACUCUGCUCUGCUGUCAGAUAGUGAAUCACAGGGGCAAGACAAUGAGACACUGAGAGACGUUUUAUCUUAACUCUCAUCCUCCACUGUACAGACUUGGAUUAUCCUUCCUCCAUAUACCUCUGACAGACCAUCUACCAUCAUCCUUCAAUGAAUUAUUGUCUGAGCCACUGGCUGGUCAUAACGUACCCGAUGAACCAUCCUAGGCUUGGAUGCAGUGCACUUUAGAGCGACGGCUCCAAGUCUGUCAGUAUAUCUGUCUCUGGGUGUUGUAUUUAAGAUUUUUGCUUUUUAUUUUUUUUGUCAUGUGUUUUCAGAAAAUGCUCUGAAAAACUGUGGCCUUCUCCUUGUGUUACGUUUUCUUUGUUGUCCAAAAGAUUCUGGGCCCCCAAAAAAAUCCUUUUGAACUGUAAUAUUGUAUAUUAUGUCUGUUUUGUCUAUUUGACAAUGACCACGCCCUUGAUUAACUUUUCAGUUGUGGUCAAACUGUUUGUCUGUGUGGAGGCAUUCAAACCGAAUUGUCAGACACUAGUUUUUGACAGAGAAGCCUGCUGUUGAUCAUGUGAGCAGCAGCACUUUGUCCAUUUGUUAGUAACUCAUGCACUUUUCAUUAAGUCUGUUCAUCUGAUUCACCAGUGUCUCAGAGCUGAGAGGAGCCCAGGGAACACAAGGACAGACCAGGGUGCUGUUUCCCAAAAGAAUCUUAAGGCGAAGAUGAUCUUAUUGUAGACCUACAAAGGGACUCAGAUAAUCUCAGCUCUAAGAUGCUUUGGGGAAACAGGGCCCAGUUCAAACUGUUGUUGUGGAGUCUUGCGAUACUUGUGGAGCACACAAGAGGGAGCUGAAUGAUGCACUGAUCACUAUGAGGAUAUUCCUCUGACAUUUAAUUCCUUCUUGAACCACUAAUAAGCCUGUCAAAUAUUUCAAGGACUUGGCAAUGAUCUGUGUGAGAGACACCAGUGAACAAGUUUAUCCACUCUAUUAACCACUUUGUUCGGCUCCCAACUGUUAUUUAAAAAGGUGCUACUUUUUUAGUUUCUUGUUCAGACGCUGAAAGUAGUUGAUGAAUUUGCAAAUGUACUCUUGUCUUGCAAUGAUAAUGAAUCGUUACCUCGGGGGAGAUUCUUGAAUAACAAGAAGUCAUUAGUAAAACAUGCCAUAACGCUGGAAUUUCAAUGUCUCACAAUUGAAUAGGACCAACCUUAACUGAAGGGCAUGAGAUAUUUUCACAAUGACUGCCUUAAACCUCUGAUAUAACCCACAUUUAUUGUUAAACACUACAGUGAGCACAUUCUGCCUUUUAAUGCCUCUACAUCUUGUUAGGUCCAUGUAAUUAUUAUAACACUGAAAGGAUGUUGUACUUUUCAAGGUUGUCUUUUGUGUUUGUGUGUGUAUAAUAUGAGAAAAACACACCAUUUGACUGCUCUUCAGGAGAUGUCGUUAUGUAAUACUUCACUGUGUUUUCAUUGGCAGUCAGAAUUGAUUAUUUUACUUUAAGUGAGCGAACGAAGGUGCUUUUGUAUGAAUUAAAGGUUACCUUACCAUUUAAAUUUUUUAAAUGUUAAACGGUUUAUACGUUUGCCUAACAAGGUCAUCAAGUGAAAACCAUAGUGACUGAGAAAUAUAUAUAAUACCAAAUCAAGUCAUAGUUUCUUACCUCCAAAAUCCUAAGUGAUCUGUAAAUUUAAUUUAAAAGAUGAAAAUCUCCUGAUUGGAGAUUUGGAGCUGCAGUGAUGUUGUAUUUCUCAGGUGUUACCCUGUCAGAACACUAGAUGGAGCUCUUCUCUUAAAAAUACUGCUGUAUGUAUUGACUUCCUGUGGCACUUGUGAGUGUGUGAUAUUGAGGAAUAUUUUCUUUGUGUGUGUAUUUAGUUUCAGAUUACACUUGCCUACACUCCUGUUCAUCACACAUUAAUGUUUGUCUGCAGCAGCCUCUUUCUGACAGUCUUGUGAUGGGAUUAAACAGCCAGAUAAGUUGAAACUUUGACUAAGGUUUCAAUAAACUCGGUCAAUAGACUUGGUUUGAUAUGAUAA